AGCCCCAGUAAUCAGACAUCAAUAGCAAUGAUGCAAGAGCCUCAAGAAAUGGUGGAAGAGACAGUUACUGUGGAGGAAGAUCCAGGCACUCCCACUUCCCAUGUGUCUGUCGUGACUUCUGAAGAUGGAACCACGAGGAGAACUGAAACCAAGGUUACCAAAAUGGUCAAAACAGUCACUACCAGAACAGUGCGCCAGGUGCCCCUGGGGCCUGAUGGCCUGCCAUCCAUGGAUGGCUCGUCUCCCAUGGGCAGCUACACGGAUUCAAUAGACAGGAGGUACAUGAAGAACGGCGAGCGGUACAUCACGCCACAGGCUUCAUCCACGCUAACCAGGUCUUACAACAGCUACGGCGAUGCUUACCCUGAGAGCCACGAGGGCCAGUAUCGCCCGUACAUUGGCCACGAUGGGUAUGGGGAUCUGUCUGAGAACUACGGCAGCUUGUCCCGUGGCGUCAGCUACCGUCCUCGCUACGCCUACGUGCCAGGAAACAGUUACAGGCCCGAUGAUGGUAGCUUCACUUUGCCAAGCAGAAGGGAUAACUACGGUCCUGUUGCCCAGCCUCAGGUGCCAGUGGGGAGCAGUGUUGACUUGAACCGCUCCCAGCCAGAACGCUUCCAGCCAGAGCCCUAUGGACUGGAAGAUGAUAACCGCAGCCUUGGAGUAGAUGAUGAAGGGUAUGAACUGGAUCCGGAUUAUUCCACUGUGAACCGGAGGACAACUGCAGGUGUGCCAGAGAGAGGAAGACCUCACAAAGGAAGGGGCUACGAUGACCCCAUCGAGACAGAGAUGGCUGAGGAGAGGAUACCUUACCUUCACGGUGGCUACGCAGCGCCGCUGGCACAGCCAGAGAGAGGAAGCAUGGCCAGCAUCGACCGUCUGGGGAAGCGCUCCCCCUCCAUCGACAGCAUUCGUAAAGACCCCCGGUGGAGGGACCCCGACCUCCCGGAAGUCAUCGCCAUGCUCAGCCACCCUAUCGAUCCAGUCAAGUCCAACGCCGCAGCCUACUUGCAGCACUUGUGCUACGAGAAUGAUAAAAUCAAGAAGGACGUGAGGCACCUCAAAGGGAUACCUAUCUUGGUGGGCCUGCUUGAUCAUCCGAAGCCAGAGGUCCACCGGAAAGCCUGCGGGGCUCUCAGAAACAUCUCUUAUGGGAAGGAUAAUGAAAACAAGGUGGCUAUAAAGAACUGUGACGGGAUCCCUGCAUUGAUCAGAUUAUUGCGAAAAACAAACGACAUGGAAGUCAGAGAGCUAAUUACAG